GGCCCAUCCCGACCCGCGCGGCCUCGGUUUCCAGGCGACGCCGAACGCGGGCGCCCGGCUGCCAGCAGCAGGCGGGAUGGGCCCGACCUCGGCGGGCGCGGGGCCGCUGGACCGGGGUGGCACGGAGGACGACGAAGAGGAGAUCACCGCCGCCACGCUGCGGGGCAAGCCCCGGCUGCCGCCCCUCUCGGCGCUGUCCGCCUUCAGCUACAUCCCCCCGCGGCGCCUGGACCCCAAGGAGCACAGCUACUUCUACCGCCAGAGCCGGACAGGCGUCAUCUCCCUAUACGACUGUGUCUUUAACAAGAGCCCAGGCUACAAUCAGAAACGGCACCGAGAUGACAGAGAACACGCAAAAAGCCUGGGACUUCACGUGCAUGAGGAGGAGCGCCAGCGGCCUGUGGGAGUGCUGAUGUCCUCAGUCUAUGGGAGGCGCAUACACCAGCCCGUGGAGCCUCUGAUCCGGGACCACGGCCGUGCCAACCACGUGAAGGCUGACUUCUACAGGAAGAAUGACAUCCCCAGCAUCAAGACUCCUGGCUUUGGGCACAUUUCUCCUGCCUGACGCCCCAUUUGGGGCCUGGACCGCUGGGUGGCACAGUCAGGCAUCAGAGGGUCAGGGAGCUGGCCUGAAGCGGCUUGCACCUGGACAGUGGGGGAUGGGCCUGGGAGCCCCUUUUCCUCAUGUGGCCAUGGUGAAGACCCUGGCCAGAGGCCUUUAACGUGAUAAAAUCUCGUGGGACCGUGUCCGCUGAAAUGAUGCCAGAGACCGAUCCAUUGUGAGCACCUGAAUAAAAAAGGAAAGUGCUCCCAACUGACAGUGGUCGGUGACUGUGUUCACUGUUUCUCUGGUUCGUCAGACCCCAGGGGGCGCUCCAGGAGGGGCGUGCACACCCUUUCUCACCAGCUAUGGAAACCACGGCUGCCUGGGUUUACCUUCCUCCAUGAGGUGAUAUGGUAUUUCUUUUUACAAUAAGUGAUCUCUAGAUACCACAUCUCCCUGCCCCAGAGGCCUGAGCCGUGAAUAACAGGUCCGUGCAGUUGAGGACAGAACCCUGGUAGUGCUGCCGUCCCCCCUCACCACAGGUCAUGGAAGAGACUGGGCUUUGGUGGUUGACAGCCUUGGGUAAAAUUCUCGCUCCUGCCUCUCCCAGCGGCACGGGGACAGAGCCCAUCAUUCCACCGACUGGAGCCCACAUUUCCUCCUCUUCCCAGUGGGAAUUCCAAACCGUGAGGAGUGUGUGUGGGAAUCAGUGGUCCGAAGGCAGCCACACGAGAGGCUGGGGCUGUUCGUGUGGACAGUUUUCAUUUUGGAAACACCUGCUUCUAACCCAAGUUGGAAAUGUUUAUUUUGGAGAUAAUUUGAAACUUAUUCAAGUAUUAAGGUCUGCGCUAUAUUUUUAGUGCAUGGCUGUCUUUGAAAGAAAUCACCCCGCGCCCUUCCAAUUGAACUUCCCAUGGCUUAGUGGUUAAUGAGCAGGUGAUGUAAUUCGUUUUACUGCUGAUUCCCCUAUGGCUGGUUUUAUUGCUCUGAUUCUCUAAGGACAUAUGGCACUGAAUUGUUAACAAUUUCAAGGUCGAGUGGCUCCCAUGUAUUUCUUUAUUCUUUUGGAAACGUGUUUUAUUUCCACCUGUAGGUAUCUUUUAUUACUUUUCCUCCUGAACACAUGGCAGUAGUGAAUUUGGGAUUGCCUUGGGUAGCUUAAGCUCUUUUUAUAAUAAUAUAAUAGAAAAUCUAUCAAGUUUGGAUUAUGAAAAUUUUUAUAAAUUACUUUCUUCAUGACUACUAAGAAAGACAAGGCAUCGCUAAGAAAUGCCUUCAUCUGAAAUUGACUACAAUAAAUCUGUGUCAAACUAAGUUAUUUUCAGUUAUUUAAAGUCAGAUCCUACUCCAUUAACCUUCUACUUUUAAAAAGCAGGGCCUGAACUGGACAAGGUUUCAAAAGGUCUCACGUUCCUUAGGUAUCAGGGAAAAAUUAAAUGUAUUUCUGUUGGCUUCUGGACUACAACAACUUAAAGCCAAUGAGUGCCCAGUCACCUUCUAAAAGGGAAACAUAAUAAAAGAAUU